UACCAUAGCAACCGCAAGGAUACUUCCGUAUAUCAAGAGCCAGUUUUUCCACGUAAAGUUUCACAGCGUUUUAAACGUUAGAGGGAAGAAAAGUCAUUUUACAGCGCUAUAUAUAAAUACAAAUAGGUUUAUACAAAAUAAAAAUAUAAAUACAUUUAAUAAUGAGUUCCUCGGAGGUGGAGGUGGGAAACAGAGCAGCUGGAGGUUGUUUACUGGGGAACUGGGUGGAGGAGAGGGCCACUGCAUCACUGGACAAUACUGGACCAACAUCUGUCAUCCAUAAAACUGGACACAGGGGCAUCCUCACAGUGGACUCUAAAUUGCAUGGUGUCAGUACACUGAAAUCUGCUUUCACCAGCCCUAAGGGCACACAGGUACGACAGAAAGGAUUACGAACUGAGCUGCUGGAGAAGCACCUCAUCAAAAGCAUAAGUGAUCAGGUACAUGCAGAGCUCACACCUCAGCUUCCAGCCCCUGAACUGUACUCCGUAACCAGAACUGAUUACACAGUGGAAGACUUCCGGUGUGACCGACCGACCCCAUCCACGGAUCAUGACUACAGGGUCGACGAGGCCAUCACAUUUUGGAGGGAAAACUUUGACAAGAUUCAGGGUGUGACAGCAGUGAGAAAUAGAAAUGGUCCUUUUAAGAAGAACGCCAAUUUCUCCACACCAAUCAAUGAGUGCUUGGACCCCAAUCCUGAGAACUAUAUUGAUUUAGAAGAAGUGUAAUUUCAUGCUGUUAGUACGAGCAAUUUUCUUUCCAAAAGGGAAUCGGAAAAUAAAUAGCAGUUUUAUAAACUCA